CAGUCACGUGAGUUCGGUAUCAAUGUUAUCGAUUGGUUUACGUCCAAACGGGAAGUGCAUGGCAGCGUUGGAAAUAAUUAAGAAAAGAUACUAAACAAAUUAUGGAAUACAAUUAGAAAUAUAACGAACAACAUAGGCUAUCACUUGAUCGUUUGUGGAUACAAUAUGAUUACCAACACACUAGCAUUAAGUUUCUUCAUGCUUAUCUAUACCAGUCUUGCAUCUAAGUUGCCUCCGAGUAUUACCGCAGACAAACAAUUUGAACAAGUUGAGGAAGGACCUUCAGGUCUUAAUAAGACACUCUUUACAAUUACUGCAAAAGAAUUAAAUGGUGGAAAUGUAGAAGUUAUACCGACUGGGCUUACAAAUGAUAUUGUGAAAAUAAACGGAACAAACAACACAGCCACUGUUACUGUGAACGUUUUCCUGAAAAAGGCACUUGACAGAGAGACAAAGUCGAGCUUUACAUUAAAGUUUUCAGCUAUAAGCAAUGAUCAAAGUCUUCCCUCAUCUCAAUUGUCAGUGAGUCUGUUUGUAUUGGACAUCAAUGACGAACCUCCUAAAUUUAGUCAAAUUGCAUACAGGAAAGAACUUCUGGAGAAUCACAAUUUAUCAAAUGACAUCGGUGCCAAUGUUUCCGCCACGGAUCCUGAUAACGGACUUGGAGGACUGGUGACCUACACCUUACAGCCUGCUGGUCAGGCUUCUGGACUCUAUAAUAAAACAUUUGACAUAGAUCCAUCAAAUGGAAAAAUAAAAUUGUUACAACACCUUGAUUACGAGACGUUAACUUUCUACCAGUACAAGAUAAUAGCCACCGAUGGCGGAGAUCCUAAAACUAAACUAAACAGUACGGCAGACCUUCUCAUUAUGGUGAAGGACGUCCAAGAUACACCGCCAAUAUUUCAGCGACUGCCGUUCAUGACAACCAUUUCAGAAACCACGCCAAUAGGGACAAGCAUUUAUAAGAUUUUUGCUACCGAUGGAGAUACUGGUAUCCCAGAUAACAUUACCUACAGCUUAACAGAUCAAUCACAUGAGACAGCAUGUGACAACUUUCUACAGAUCAAUAGCAUCACUGGUGUGAUAAGUAUCAAACAACUAAUGGACAGAGAUGGCGGAACAAUUAAACGUCUUAACGGAAUCUGUAUUGUAAACGUUACUGCAUCGGAAAUUACAAAUGCAACUGCCAACAAAAACAGUCAAACAACGAAGCCAUUCACAAUCACUGUACAAGAUGAGAAUGAUAAUCGACCAAAGUUCAGCAAAAAACAAUAUGAAGGUUCCGUAAAAGAAAACAUGAGAGAUAUCACAAUAUCGAUUCCUGGAAACAUACAGGUUUUUGACAUAGACCAGAAUGGAUAUAACAAUAUAAAGCUGACGGUACUCAAUAGGACAGACGUUGUACCCUCACCAGAUUCUGUAAUCUACAAUGGAACUGUUCUUCUUCGUCUUACUAAUCCACUAGAUUAUGAAAAUGAGAAAAAUAUUACUUUCUUGAUUAAAGCAGAGGACACCAAUAAUUCCAGCUUUGUCAACAAUUCUACAGUCAACGUAAAAAUAAACGAUACCAACGACAAUGAUCCUGUUUUCCAAAGCAGAGACAAUGACCUCUUCUUGCCAGAAAACAGUUGUUUUAACACAACAGUUGGAAAGAUAACGGCGACUGAUAUAGACUCUGGAAAUUAUGGAAAAAUAGAAUAUCGUCUAGAUAGGAAUACCAGUUUUAAAAUUGAAGCCACCACUGGUCGUGUUUAUGUCUCAUGUAAAAACAGCUGCGCAAGGGGAUGCAAUAACUCUCUCUGUGACAACAGUUGUCUGGACAGGGAGAAGAAGGACAGGUACUACUUGACAGUUUCGGCGAUUGAUGGAGGAGGGAGAAGAACCUCCCUUCCAAUAACCAUAUACUUGAACGAUACAAAUGACAAUAGGCCAAAGUUUCGUUAUAAUUCCUAUCAAAUAGGACUUCUAGAAAACAGAAAGACAUUUUCGGAUGGAAAAGAGGACUUAGAAAUACAGGCGGACGAUGUAGACCUCUCAGAAAACAAAACGAUCAGUUACAAAUUACUUCAGAACUCUCCUCAUUUUCACAUCAACGAGUCAACCGGAAAAAUAACAAUUACUGAAGAAGUAGAUUAUGAAAACUUAACUGAGGCCAACGGCUAUAUCAACCUGACAAUCAUAGCCUCUGACCAUGGGAAACCGCAACAAAGUUCGUCCGUUCAGUUAACGAUUCAAGUCAAGGAUUUAAACGACAAUAAACCAGAAUUUAGAGGGAAAACAUACAACGCCAGUGUAUGUGAGAAUGCUGCUAGUGGUACCAAUGUUACAGUUGUCUCUGCAACAGAUGCAGAUAAAACAGCUCCGAAUAAUAAAUAUUCCUACUUUAUUGAAAAGGGUGGGUCAGAUCAAUUCACUUUAAAUGGCAAGACAGGAGAAAUAAGCGUUCAAGUGGGAGCAAACCUUGACAGGGAAAUCAAAUCUAAAUACACUCUAACAGUUAUUGCAAUAGACAAAGGGGAUCCUCAGAAUACUGGAACAAGUACAGUGUUUAUUAGUUUGACCGAUGAAAAUGAUACUCCUCCUCGUUGGUUGAACUUACCUAACACAACUACCGUAAAGGAAAAUACUACAGAACCCGCUAUAUUCAAAUGUAUAGGAGAUGACUCCGACAUCAACCAUACUUUAGUCUACUCAAUUAGGAUAAAAGAAGCCUUAGAUAGCAAUGGCAACCUUGUAAAUUUCUCUUUGAUUAAGAUUCUGCAGGGAAAUAUCUCUAUCAACAGUACCACGGGGGUUGUGUCUGUGAAUAAUCUAGAUGCAGAAGUGGCAGUGACAAUAAGGCUUACAGUUACUAUCAACGACACUUCAACAACAAAAAAUGACCCAAAUGCCAAAAGCGAACUUAUAAUACAGAUCACAGACGAGAACGAUAAUCCACCAGUUUUUAAAAAUGCAACAUUUACAACUGAGAUAUUGGAGAAUGCUCGUGACAACACUACUCUACUACCCAUAGCAGCGUCCGACAUUGACGUCAGUAAAAAAUAUACAAACAUUAGCUACUACAUUGAUGACAAACAAUGUCCAUUCUCAAUAAAUCCAAGUACAGGUUACGUCACAAAAACAGGAAAACUUGAUCGUGAGACGAAACCAUUUUGGAUAAUAACAAUUCGAGCAUCAGAUUCCAAAUAUAACGCUACAGCUGAACUUAAUGUUACUGUCUUAGACUUUAAUGACAAUACGCCGUUUUUUCUUAAUGAAUCAUACAUAUUUGAUGUGACUGAACAAAAAUAUAGUCAAACACAAAUUGGACAGUUUUAUGCAAUGGAUCUUGAUGCCGGCCCAAACCAGAACAUUACUUACAAGAUCACAGGAGGCAAUGCUGGAUCAUAUUUUCAUAUCUCAGAUGCAAAGGGUAGCCUGUUUAUAAACGGUAAUAUUGAUAGAGAAACUAUGCCAAAAUUUGAGCUAGUGGUUACAAUAAAUGACAACCCAAUAGAGAAAGCAGAUACAAAACGAAAUUCAACACACGUGGUCGUGAAUAUUCUUGACGUUAAUGAUAACGCACCAGUUUUUACUUCUAAUUCUAAACAACGAAUUAGAGUAAAGGAAACCACACAAUUAGGAACCGUGGUCAAAACAGUAUCAGCGACAGACAAAGACUUUGGCAAUAAUGGUACUGUUCAUUACAGAGUUGAAAGCAACGGUAAUGAGUCUUUGGAAUUGUUUGUUAUAGAUAAUGUCACAGGUGCAAUAUCUUUGAAUGGAAGUAUUAAAGACAUGGUUGGUAACUACACAUUGGAAGUCCUGGCUAUUGACAAUGGGUCUCCGCCCAUGAACUCCUCUUUGUUGUUAGAUAUAUUUAUCUUGGACGAAAACAUUCACAGACCAGAAAUCACAAUGUUACCAAAGGAUAGAAUAGUCAGCGUUUAUGAGUGUGCCAAAAAAGGUACGAAAGUAACAGCAAUAAAUGCAACUGAUGAAGAUAAGGACUACAACAAUCAACUAAUUAAGUAUGAAUUUCUCUAUUCAAAUUCGUCAACUGGACAACGCUUUCAGUCCUUUAGUAUUGACAAUAAAACUGGAUUCAUUACGCUCAUUGGAAGUUUAGAUCGUGAAGAGAAACAAUCAUUCAAGAUUAAUGUCAGAUGCACAGACCACGGAGAACCGCCUUUAUUUACAACCUCACCUGAUAUAAUUAUCCAAGUCAUAGAUGUCAAUGACAAUCCUCCUGAAUUUCUUACAAAUGUAACAAAAGUGAACAUAAAAGAAAAUCAGACAAAUAUAAUUGUCACCGAGGUGUCAGCUAUUGACAAGGAUUCUAUGGCAGUUAUCCAAUACGCCAUCAAAGAAGGCAAGUUUUCGAAUUUCUUCAAAAUCAAUGAUUCCUCCGGUGAAAUAGCAAUAGAUCAACCUUUGGAUAGGGAAAAUAUGGCAAAUGAUGAAAUAUAUCUGAUGAUCGAAGCAACUGACGUCACUAAACCCAAUAUUUUGUCUGAAUGCGAUAAUAUCAAAUUGCAAAACAAUACGACAGUACAGAUGGAAGUUGUUAUAACAGUACAGGAUAUAAAUGACAAUCCUCCAAUUUUCAAGAACUCUCAAUUUUCGAAAGGAAUUCUGAGAAACACAAAGUUUGAAACGGUUGUCAUUGAUUUGACGGAAGUUGUGAUAGACAAUGACAGCUCUACAGAGAAUCGUAAACACAAAUUCUUUGCUACAAACAUUUCAUAUACAGGAACAUUGAAACUAGAGCUUAAAGACAAAACCUUCAAAACAAAUUGUGGCGAGGCUUUUUGCGUCAACGCAAAUGGUACAGUAGUGACAAAUUUUGUGAUAUCUGACACAAUGAAAGGAGUGGCAAAACUGCAACUUGUUGCAAAUGACUCUGCAGGAAGCACAACAGCCUCAUUAAAGAUAUAUGUGAUCGGAGAUUCACAGGUUGUAGCAAUGCAUAUUAUUAAAACAAAACCACAAGUUGAUGAAAUAAAAUUCGACGUACUUAGCAUGUAUUCAAAGAUUCUUGGAUAUGAUUGCGUAUUUGAUGAAAUGGAAACUUACAUGAAGGAAAAUGGAGAACCUGACCCAUUCACAACAUUACUUAAAUUUCAUGUGGUGAACAGAAAAACUGACGAAGUUCUAGAGGCCACCAAUGUAGUGACAAAAAUUGACAGAUUAAAAGGCGAUGCUCUAGCGGAGGCAAGGAACAAAUACUCAAUUCAAUCUAUAAGUGAUAUGCAGUCUCAAAGAAAUGUCCAAUCAUUCAAAAUAAAAGAAACGUAUAUUUUGAUUGCUGUCAUAUCUCUGAUGUCAUUGGUUUUGUGCAUUGUUAUUUACUUUUACAUUAAGAGUACUCAAAGAUACAAGACGAAACUAAAAGCAGCCAAUGUGCCAACAGUGGAUUCCAAAAAAGAGAAUAAACAAAGUCUUUAUCUACCGGGUAGUAACGUAUAUUCAAACACGAAAAAUCCAUUAAUGAAUAAAGACGAAGAACUUAAGAGAAGUAUGGAAAACUUAGACAAAAUGGAUAACGGAAGCAUAUGUGGAAGCGAUGAUUCAAUGGACCCAAGCGAUUUUGAAUAUGCAAAACACAACAUGGCUUUUGAUAGCCGUUUGGAAGAUAAGGAAGUCGUAAUGGAUAUGUUCGAAGAAGACGGACCUAUGGCCGAGAAUGACAAUCCCCUCGCGCUGGCCCUCAGUCAACACGAACGACAGAAGAAUGCCAGGAACUCUUCGAAAGGCAGAAUAUCGGAAAUGAGCGAACAAAACCCCCAGUAUGAAAAUUUAGAAACAACUGAAGUGUAAUAAAACUGCACAAAUAUGCAUAAGUUAAGUGCAUGUGACAGAGGGAAAAUGGAUUGUUAUUUUACACAAGGACGAACAAAUUAAUAAAGAAUAUAAUAAUUUUAUUUUCCCAAUUAAUUUUUGCAUUUUCAAGUUAAUAAAAUUAGUGCCUUAAUAUUUUGUCACUUUUUACAUGAAUUAUCGAUUUUUUUUCUUGUAUCUGUUAGUUCUUUUUGUUAAUAUUACUUUGUUGCUUUUUUCUUAUUAAUGAAUGUUAGAAUGCAUGCAUGCAAGAAUGUUGUCAUUAUAUUCGAGUAUAUCGAACUCAUAAUGAACAGAAGUGUUUAAAUGAUCACUAUAUUAUUGGCUAAUUAUAUAAUUGUAAUACUCUGUCUUUUAAAUGUAAAGAAAUGUGUAUGGAAAUUCUGAUAUAAAGGAAUUAAAUGGAAUUGUAAACAUA